UUCAAAUGUUCAUCCAUUUUUCUUCUGUGGUUAGUCUUCCUCAUAUGCCCCUAUUUAUAAUAACAGUGUAACAACAGUAUCUCUCAGUUCCCCUAGUUUGGCUUUUAACCGUAUGUGUUCUGAGCUUUAGUUUCAACCCAGUCUAUGCCACGAACUAAUAACAUUCGCUCAACAAGGCUGUAAAGAAAAUCUUUGGGUUGUGGCCAGGGGAAGCUCCGCCCCUUUCCACCCCACCCCGCCAGCUACGCAAGCGCAGUCUCCGUUGCCAUAGCACCCGGGCCGCCGGAAGCAGGCCUUUCUCUGUCAGAGUAUCUCCCGGAGAAACAAAACCCUGUGACCUAAAGGCUCAACGCCGCGAGAGUCGACGGCGUGCGUGACUUUAGCGUACGUGACGCAAGCCCAGCCGGGCGCGUGCGCGGACUUCAGUGAAUGCAGAAUCACUUUUAUCUUCAGAUUUGGCUGUAGCUUCUAACUUAAAAAAAAAAUCUAAGAUUUUAAUUUGAUUUGAAAAUGAGCAAGUGCAGAAAGUCAUCAGUUCAGCAGUUAGCAAGUCUUGAGACAUUCAGCCCAGAUGUUCUUGAUGACAUUUUUGAACUCUUUGCCAAGAACUUUUCUUAUUGCAAGCCACUUAAUAAUGAGUGGCAGUUACCAGAUCCCAGUGAGAUUUUCAUCUGUGAUCACACAGAACUUAAUGCAUUUCUUGACUUGAAGAACUCUCUAAAUGAAGUAAAAAAUCUCCUGAGCGAUAAGAAACUGGAUGAGUGGCAUGAGCACACUGCUUAUACUAAUAAAGCAGGAAAAAUCAUUUCUCAUGUGAAAAAAUCUGUGAAUGCUGAACUUUGUACUCAGGCAUGGUGUAAAUUCCAUGAGAUUUUGUGUAGCUUUCCACUUAUUCCACAGGAAGCUUUUCAGAAUGGAAAACUGAAUUCUGUUCACCUUUGUGAAGCUCCUGGAGCUUUUAUAGCUAGUCUCAACCACUACUUAAAAUCUCAUCAGUUCCCUUGUGAGUGGAGUUGGGUAGCUAAUACUCUGAAUCCAUACAAUGAAGCAAAUGAUAACGUUAUGAUGAUCAUGGAUGACCGGCUCAUUGCAAAUACCUUGCAUUGGUGGUACUUUGGUCCAGAUAACACUGGUGAUAUCAUGACCCUGGAAUACCUGACUGGACUUGAGAAUUUCCUAAGUAGCAUGGCUACCAUUCACUUGAUCACUGCAGAUGGUAGUUUUGAUUGCCAAGGAAACCCAGGUGAACAAGAAGCUUUAGUCUCUUCUUUGCAUUACUGUGAAGUUGUCACUGCUCUGACUACUCUUGGAUAUGGUGGGUCUUUUGUUCUGAAGAUGUUUACUUUGUUUGAACAUUGUUCCAUAAACCUGAUGUACUUGUUAAACUGUUCCUUUGACCAAGUCCAUGUUUUCAAACCUGCAACUAGCAAGGCAGGAAACUCGGAAGUCUAUGUGGUAUGUCUCCAGUAUAAGGGAAGAGAGGCCAUCCAUCCUGUGUUGUCUAAGAUGGUGCUAAAUUUUGGGAUUGAAAUGACUAGGAAAGCUCUCUUUCCCCAUCAUGUGAUUCCUGAAUCUUUUCUUAAAAGACAUGAAGAAUGUUGUGCUUUUUUUCAUAAAUAUCAGUUAGAGACUAUUUCUGAGAAUAUCCGUCUGUUUGAAUGCAUGGGAAAAGAGGAACAAACAAAGUUGAAUAAUUUAAGGGAUUGUGCGGUACAAUAUUUUAUGCAAAAAUUUCAACUGAAACCUCUUUCCCGAAAUAAUUGGCUAGUAAAAAAAUAUAACAUUGGUUGUAGUACCAAUACAAAGUGGUUUGGGCAGAGAAACAGAUAUUUUAAAACCUAUAAUGAAAGGAAGAUUCUGGAAACCCUAUCAUGGAAAGAUAAAGUAGCUAAGGGGUACUUUAACAGUUGGGCUGAAGAACAUGCUGUGUAUCAUCCUGGACAAAAUUCUCUUUUAGAAGGGACAGCUUCCGAUCUUGAAUGUGACUUCUGGCAUAUUAUAGAAGGAAAGAAACUGCCGAAGGUAAAGUGCUCUCCUUUCUGCGAUGGCGAAAUUUUAAAGGCUCUUAAUGAAGCAGUUGAAAAGUCCUUAGGAGAAACUUUGAAUUUGGAUUCCAAGUUUAGGCCAAAACAGCAGUAUUACUGUUCUUGUCACAUUUUUUCAGAAGAACUGUUAUUUUCUGAGUUGUUUAGUCUUACCCAGUGCCUUCAGGACAAGCAGGUUAUAGAAACCAGCAGCCAAAUAAAGUGCCUAUUUGUAGGUGUAUCAACACUCCAUGAUGUUAAAAUUAAAAUGCAUAUGCCAUUGGAAGUUCAAAUCCUGGAAUCUGCUGAACUCAUGACUUUUAGCUGUUCAUUGCUUCAUGAUGGAGACCCAAAUUACCAGCAUUUGUUUUUGGACUGCUUUCUACAUUCAUUACAGCAGCUUCAUAUAGGAGAUGUUAUGAUUUUGCCUGUACUUUCUUGUUUAACAAGAUUUAUGGCUGGCUUGAUCUUUAUACUUCGCAGUUGUUUUAGAUGCAUCACGUUUUCUUGUCCCACGUCUUCUGAGCCCCUGAGAACCUGUGCCGUCCUGCUAUGUGUUGGUUAUCAGAAUCUUCCAAAUCCAGUUUUCCAGUAUCUGCAGAAUAUGAAUGAAUUACUGAGCACUUUGCUUAACGCUGAUACACCCCAGCAGGUUUUACAGUUUGUGCCAAUGGAGUUGCUCCUUAAGGGGACACUGCUUGAUUUUUUGUGGGAUUUGAAUGCUGCCAUUGCUAAAAGGCAUUUGCAUUUGAUUAUUCAAGGAGAGAGAGAAGAAAUCAGCAACCUUCCAUUAUGAAAUUGAAUGUGUCCUUUCUGAGAUUCAAUAUUUGUGACAUAAUUUCCAAUCUCAUUGCAUGUUUUCCCUACUAUCUUAAUGUGUUUCAUUUUGAGGAAAGGCUGAUUUUUGCAUCAUUCAAAGUUUUGUUAAUUCUGGAAAACUUAUCAUCUAGUUCUGAUCUCUAUGAUACAGCCAUAGGCAUAGAGUUCAUCUAUGCAGUAAUGGUAUUGAGCCUUGUGUGUGUGAAUGCUUGGAGUAGAUACACCCAUGCUUGCAUAUAUAGUUUAGUUGAUCUUAGUUAUCUGUUUAUGAUUUGCACCUGUGUGCCUUUAUUGAGAGUUUCUCCAACUAAGUUUCCUCUCAUUGGCUGAUGCUGUUAACGAAUUGAUUCAUGAAAGGAAAUGAGUCUGUCCUUAAUGUUUUCCUGUAGCACUUGAUAAUGUUAGUUAUGGAUUUCAGGGGACUCAUCAUCCCUGAACUCUUGAUAUAUAUGCCAUUCACUGCCUUUAAACCAUCGACCCAGUGUUCUCUUAUGGUUCAAAUUAAAUGUGUGCUAUUUUAUGAAUAUUUUACUAACUAUAACCAUCCAGUUGGAAAAUAGGACAGCUUCAAACCAAAAAUCAUUCUUAAAACAAUGAACAGUUGUGUCUAGUACACUCUUGUAUCAUGAAAAGCAUCAUCCGGUAAUGCUGUCGUCAUUUUUAACUUCCAGGAAAUAAUCAGUGAAUAAAAAGAUUUUAUUAACUUUUAAGGUAUCAUUUAUGGUCUUGUAUUGGGAACAUAUGAAUGUGAUGAACAUAGUGAAUAAUGAAAAAUUUUAAUACUUUCAGGAUGGUGGUUCAACAUGCAGAAUUUUUAGCCUUUACUAACUUUUCAAUAUGAAAUAGCACUUUACCAAAAGAUUAGCCAUGAAAUAAUUAUUUUAUCAGUUAUAUUUGA